AUGGCUGUUCGCUUUCUAAUUUCCAUUCUUAUUAUCUCAUUGGUUUCGUUUACAUCUGCUUCUGAUCCCGACCCCCUACAAGAUUUCUGUGUUGCUGUUAAGGAUGAUGAAGCAAAAGUAUUUGUGAAUGGAAAGAUUUGCAAGGAUCCAAACAUGGUUAGUGCCGAUGAUUUCCUCUUUCGUGGACUAAACAUGCCCGGAAAUACAUCAAAUCCCCUUGGAUCAAAGGUCACUCCUGUGAAUGUCAACCAAUUACCAGGACUCAACACUCUUGGUAUCUCUUUAGUCCGUAUCGACUAUGCACCUUAUGGCCUCAACCCACCCCACACGCACCCUCGGGCUACUGAGGUUCUUGUUGUUGUGGAGGGUACUCUCUAUGUUGGAUUCGUUACUUCGAACCCUGCAGAUCCAAACGUAAAGAACAAACUCUUUACCAAAACUUUGUAUCCAGGAGACGUCUUCGUGUUUCCAGAAGGUCUCAUUCAUUUCCAAUUUAAUGUGGGGAAGAAUAAUGCAGUUGUAUUUGCUGGUCUAAGCAGCCAAAACCCAGGANUCAUUCAUUUCCAAUUUAAUGUGGGGAAGAAUAAUGCAGUUGUAUUUGCUGGUCUAAGCAGCCAAAACCUAGGAGUCAUCACAAUUGCAAAUGCAGUGUUUGGAUCCGACCCACCCAUUAAUAUUGAUGUUCUCACCAAGGCUUUCCAAGUUGAUGCAAAUGUGAUUAAAUAUCUUCAAGGGCAAUUCUGGUGGAACAUCGACUAG